GCGCGCAGCUCCAUUUAACCGGCGAACAGCGCGAGCGCCACAGAUUUGCUUCAUCGCUGAUAAGCGCUCGCGCUCAAGGAUACAGAGAAGAAAAAGAAGAAGAAGAAGAAGCGGAAGCAGAAGCAGAAGAAACCUGAACAGGAUAAAUCAGAAAAAAUACUUCUUCUCACAAACAUUAACUACUCUGGGAUUCCAGCACGUACAGGAAAUUGCCUCGAGGUAUUCUGGCUCUGGUCAGGUCUUUGAAUUCAUAAGUAGUGAAAAAUAGCAGCCUGAACAUUUUAUUUUAGUUUCUUUUACUAAAAACAACAACAAUACCUGAGGACCAACGAGUUGAAGUCUUGCCUGAGCAAGUUUUGACACGCCACAAUGGACCGGGAAAAGAAAGUGACCUUCCAGCUGUUGCUGGCUGUGGGAACAGCUGUGAUCGGCUCUCUUCAGUUUGGUUACAACACAGGUGUCAUCAACGCACCUCAGAAGAUCAUCGAGCGCUUCUACAAUGAGACGUGGUUUGACCGAUAUAAUGAGCCCAUACCUGAAACAUCCCUCACGUCACUGUGGUCUUUCUCAGUGGCCAUCUUCUCUGUGGGUGGAAUCUUUGGCUCCUUCUCCGUGGGUCUCUUUGUCAAUCGCUUUGGAAGGAAGAACUCGAUGCUCAUGGUGAAUGUGCUAGCCUUCAUCUCAGCAGCACUGAUGGGCUUCUCGAAAAUGGCAGCCUCAUGGGAGAUGUUGAUCAUUGGCCGUUUCGUGGUGGGGCUUUACUCUGGUCUUUCCACCGGGUUUGUACCCAUGUACGUGGGUGAAGUGGCACCCACUGCCCUCCGAGGAGCCUUGGGAACUCUGCAUCAACUUGGCGUUGUUGUAGGCAUCCUUAUAGCGCAGGUGUUUGGUCUGGACGUGAUCAUGGGCACCGCGGCCCUGUGGCCCUUACUGUUAGGCUUUACCUUCGUCCCAGCACUGCUGCAGUGUUUCCUGUUACCCCUCUGCCCCGAGAGUCCUCGCUAUCUUCUCAUCAACUGCAAUGAAGAGAACAAAGCCAGAUCAGUAUUGAAAAAGCUGCGUGGGACGACAGAUGUGAGUUCAGACAUGCAGGAGAUGAAGGAGGAGAGCAGGCAAAUGAUGAGGGAGAAGAAAGUGACCAUCCUAGAGCUGUUCCGCUCCCCAAUCUACCGGCAGCCUUUAAUCGUCGCCAUCGUACUGCAGCUGUCACAGCAACUGUCUGGCAUCAACGCUGUCUUCUACUUUUCCACGAGCAUCUUUGAGACAGCUGGUGUGGCACAGCCUGUGUAUGCCACCAUCGGAGCUGGAGUUGUUAACACAGCGUUCACUGUGGUGUCGCUGUUUUUAGUGGAGAGAGCUGGCCGCAGGUCACUGCACCUAACAGGACUGAUGGGUAUGGCGGUGUCUGCAGUCCUGAUGACGAUUGCCCAAGCAGUGCAGGUUCAAGUCCCAUGGAUGUCGUACAUGAGCAUCGUUGCUAUUUUUGCCUUUGUGGCAUUCUUUGAAAUUGGACCAGGCCCCAUCCCUUGGUUCAUUGUAGCUGAGCUGUUCAGUCAAGGCCCUCGGCCUUCUGCCAUCGCCGUGGCUGGUUUCUGCAACUGGACGGCCAACUUCAUAGUGGGAAUGUGCUUUCAGUAUGUGGCGAGCCUCUGUGGUGCAUACGUCUUUAUCAUCUUUACCGUCCUCUUACUGGUUUUCUUCAUAUUCACGUACUUCAAAGUUCCGGAGACAAGAGGCCGGACAUUUGAGGAGAUUUCUGCCGGUUUCUCCCAGCGACCUGCAACACGAGAAAUAGAGAAGGCAUCACCUGAAGAGCUGAACAGCCUGGGGGCAGACUCUGAGCUCUGAACCCUACCUCCUUCAUUCCCCUAACGCUCCUUAACACAACUACUGAGAGAGGAACUGGCUGGAAAACCUUUCUCUCUCUGCUGAAACCCAGACUGUUCCAUGCCUCUGUUCUAACUUUUCCAUGCGUGUGUACAUAGGUGACGCGAGGCGGGAAUGCUGUAUUUAGAGAUUUCCAGCAUUGUUUUAUAUGUACAUGAGAAAAUAUUUUACGUUUUUAACAUUUGUAUCUGUUACCUUAUCUGUAUUUCAGACAGAUUUAUUUUUAUAACGAUCAUUCCUGUUGUCCACCAGCAUACUUUUAUCAAGACCGAAAAACGUGGCCUUAAUCGCUUCUAGUUGGCGUACUGAAUUCCCAAACAAAAACCCAAAGCAGUAUGAAUGAUGAACGGAUGUCGAAUCAGCUAAUGAGAGGAUAGAAUAGGGAAAAGCUUUCAAGUGUUGUGUUCUGUGGUCCUUAUGGAAUCUCCUUUUCCAGACUUCAUCCCUUCCUGUCAUUUCUGGAAUAUCAAAUAGAGAUUAUAUUUAUUUUACAGACGAUUUUAUAAAAUGGUUCAGGGUGUGAUCCUGAGCUCCGUUGAGUGUGUAGGUUCUCCAGUUUCCUUCCACCUCUUAAACACUUGGCGUGUGUGUGUGUGUGUGUGUGUUAUGGGGUUUUCAGGAUAAGCUCCGGAUCCACCACACCCCUCAACUGUAUAAGCAGUUAUGGACAAUAAAAGUUUAGUCCUAUGUAUUUUAUAAUUACGAAUGUAUUUACGUUUUUAAAGGAGCUUUGAAUUACAAUCUUCUGAAACAAAUCUGAGUUGCACUGCUCCUUAUCAUGUAUGAAAAUGUGACUAUGCCAUUACUGUACAGCACAUAUACUGUACACAUCGAUUCAUCACCAUAAAGAUAUUCUAAAAGAAACCAGCAUGUCGACAGCUUUAUAAUUACUGUUUUAUGGUUUAAAAUGUUUUUAAAAGAUAGACUUUUAGUCUUGAUUUAGAUGGGAGUCUGAGACCUUCCUGAAGCUCUCUUGAUCACUCACGUCUCGUCUGAUCUUAACCACAGCUAACACAGUGUGGUUCGUUAAUGUGAGUUUGUUAUAAACUCACACUAACGCUCUUCUGGAUAAGAGCAUGUGCUAAAUGUCUGUGAUGUAAGAAAGUAAGACGCAUUCUGAUGAAGAAAGACUGAAAUAUUCAUGUUUUGCACACUUACCAAUUCUUGUAAACUAUUUUUCAUGCGUAUGAGUUUAGGCAUGAAAAAUCAGACUCUUGCGUUCUUCAAGUCAGAGCUUGUAUGGCCAGUUUGAACAGCACAUAGCAUGUGUGUCAGAGUGUUGAGGGCUUUCAGGCUAAUUGGCAAAAGCAUUCCAGAAAUUGUGUGUGUGUGUGUCUUGUUGCAUAUGUAAAGCACUGUAUCACAGCAGAAUAUCAGGGGUUGGCUCAGAGGAUGUACUUAGUCUAUAACAAUGUUUUAUGACCUCUUUGUACCUAAAGAACUGUGUGCGUAAUGAACACGGUGAACUGAUCAUAUCAUAAGAGUGAGCUUAUCAUUGCCUUAACACAGUAAGUGGCCAUGACAAUAUGUAUAAAGAAAAACUGCUUUGUUGUUUCCCAAGCCUUAUAUGUUUUGUUUUUGUUGGAAGAUUUUUUUUCCCAAAUAAUACUGAAACUGAAUUUUUGACUAGACUGUAAUGCUGUAAUACUGUAAAGAUAGUCUGAAGUGUUAACUUGUAUAGUUUCACUGGUAAAUACUGUAUUUAUUAGUUUCCUAAUUUAUUUAGUUUUUAGUGUCUUAUAGUAUCAAUAAAAUGUUUAAAAAAACUUC